UGACGUAGACGCAGUAGUAGAAUGAGUGGAAUGAAUGAGCGGAAGGACAGGGCAGCACGACACGAGAGACUUGACUCAAAGCACAGAGCAAGACAGUAUGAAGCUGUGAAGCGGCUUUUUUCUUUUGACACUGACGAGUAUUACAACAUCUAAAAAAACUCGUCUCUAUAGCACAAUGGCACGAGGAGAGGGCACCGAGCCUUACGCAGCGAGUUUAUUAUCAAUCAAACCUUUAAAUACAGAGAUCAAGACAGUAAAGCCAAAUGACCAAAGAAACCGUCUUUCUGUGUGGAAUAAAUUGUGCUAUGCUAUUGGUGGGGCUCCCUACCAGAUCACAGGCAGCGCUCUGGGCUUCUUCCUCCAGAUCUACCUGCUGGAUGUGGCUCAGCUGGAUCCCUUUCAUGCCUCCAUCAUCCUGUUUGUGGGUCGGGCCUGGGACGCUGUCACAGACCCAGCAGUGGGUUUCCUGGUGAGCCGGAGUGGAUGGACCCGCGUCGGCCGCAUGAUGCCCUGGAUCCUUUUCUCUACUCCUUUUGCGGUGCUGACUUACUUCCUCAUCUGGUACGUGCCUCCCUUUGAGCAGGGGAAGGUCGUCUGGUACCUGAUCUUUUACUGCCUCUUUCAAUCAAUGCAGACGUGCUUCCACGUACCAUAUUCAGCCCUCACCAUGUUCAUCAGCAGCGACCAGAAAGAGAGGGACUCUGCCACUGCUUAUCGUAUGAUGGUGGAGGUGCUCGGCACAGUUCUGGGCACAGCAAUCCAGGGACAGAUAGUGGGUGGUGACGCAAAUUGCCCCACUGAGCCUGAUGAACAUGACCGCAGAAACUCAACCAACACGUCCAUAGUUUCACUGAAUGAGACGAAACAAGCAUACUUGAUUUCUUCAGGGGUGAUCUGCAUCAUCUACAUCUUCUGUGCCACAGUCUUGUUUUUGGGUGUGAAGGAGAAUAAGGAGAGCGGGCGAAAGGUAUCCCACCUCACCUUCUGCCAGGGCCUGUGCCUGGUGAUGGGUUACGGACCGUACAUCAAACUGGUCAUCGGCUUCCUCUUCACCUCUCUGGCCUUCAUGCUAUUAGAGGGAAACUUUGCUCUUUUCAUUACCUACGCUCUCGGCCAUAGAAAGGACUACCAGAAUAUUCUCCUGGUCAUCAUGUUAUCAGGGACUCUGACCAUCCCGUUUUGGCAGUGGUUUCUGAGCCGGUUUGGGAAGAAAAAGGCAGUUAACUUUGGCAUCACGUGGGCAGUACCCUUCAUGAUCCUAAUCGUCUGCAUCAAGAGCAACCUGAUCAUUUCUUACUUGGUCUCAGUGGCGGCAGGUGUGAGCGUGGCGGCAGCUUUCCUCCUGCCUUGGUCAAUGCUUCCCGAUGUAGUGGAUGACUUCAAGGUGAAAAACCCAGACAUCCAUGGUCACGAAGCCCUCUUCUACUCCUACUAUGUGUUCUUUAUCAAGUUUGCCUCUGGAGUAUCCCUGGGUGUCUCUACACUCAGUUUGAAAUUUGCCGGCUAUGUGACUGGGAGCUGCUCACAACCUGAGGCGGUCAGUUUAACUCUGAAGGUGCUGGUCUCCCCUGUGCCUGUGGCUCUUAUAGCUGUGGGGCUGUUGAUAUUGUGGACCUACCCUAUUGAUGAAGAAAGGAGGCAGGGCAACCGAAAACUACUGCAAGAAAUGCUGGACUCUGAGUCUGAAAUUUCAGUGCUUGGAAGCAGCGUGUAGCAGCAGAGGACGAGCCAGCCACCACAGCUGCUUUAAGGUGUUUGCACAGGCUAUCGAGGGACUCGACCACCAACUCUCUGGACCAACAGAGGAGAGGCCGCAGAUCACUGCUGCACAAACACAAUCCUCAUUAUGAGGCUCCCUACAGUGGAUCACGCAAGUUUACGUCGCCCUCUAUUGGCCGGUCAGUAGCAUCGCAGGUGUGAAGUAUUUAACUGUUACCUUUUAUCUUCAGCUGUGUCCAAAUUAAGCUCCAAUCUGCUAAAACUAGAAAGCAGACACAAUUAAAAAAAUUACAUAGUUGGUUAUAUUGGCAGAACUAACGUCCUGGGUUCACUCACUGUUAUAUUAUUUCCUUUAGAGUUUUUUUAUUUUUUAUUAUUCAGUGCCUAGCUGGAACACAGCAAUGCGAUCUGUUCAUAUUUUAACCUAAACAUAAUAUCUAUUACCAAACUGGACAGUAAAAUCUGACCACCUUAUCAGUUAAAAGGAAGAUAAAACAUGUUUUUUUUUUAAAUAACAUUUAACAACUACAGCUCCUAUAAGCAUAUGGCUCAUGGAGCUAAAACAUGGAGUUAUGCAGAUAUUGGAUAAGGAAAUCCAAAGGAUUUUUCCAAAGAUGUGUUAUUUCAUUGCAUGUAACUGUCUACAGGGUUACUGCAUUGUGGGACAGCAGUUUUCAUCAACUCCAUGUUUACGCUACAUCCUAAAAUACUAGGUUGGAAACGGGACGCAGCUUGUGAUUUGUGGUGUUUAUGAAGUAUUUAUUUGCUGGAUGACAAGAUCUGACUUUCACUUGUUCAGACUGGAGUCUGAUGUUACCUUUGAUGUUUAAUAUGUCUUAAGUCACUUGUGUUUUAUUUUCCAUUCAGAUAGUGCUCUGAAGGAAAUAAACAACAGGAGCCCUUAUUUACAAAAGGGCAUACUACCACUGUUUCACUCAUUAGAGUUGUAUGGAGGUGUGCUACACUUUCUGCGUUACGUUUUAGGAGUUUCCUGUAGAUUUUUCAGAAAGGCAAAAACCUACAGUGUACUU